AUGGUAUCAUCAUCAAAUCCCUAUCUAAAUAGUCUAUAUACUGAAGAAGAAGAAGAAGAGGAACUUGAUAAAAAGCAGCAGCAACAACCACCACAACAACAACAAUCAAAUACAACUAAUCUAAAUACAUCUUUACCUUAUGAUGUAGAUGAUGAUCAUGAAAUAAUUCAACAAAAUCAAGAUACUUUUUUAUCAAGAAUAUUUGGAUUAAAUUCAAUAUAUAAUCAAUUACAAGAUAAUUAUCAAUAUUAUGAUCCUGAAUAUGAUAGUAAUUAUCAUCAACAACAAAGAAAAAGUUUAUUAGAAGAUGAUGAAAAUGUUAAUCCUGGUGGAAAUUUAAAUUUACAUGAAAAUGACGUAGAUGAAGAUGAUGAAAGAUUAUUUCCAAAUGAUCAAAUACCAAUGGAUAAUUUAAAAAAUCAAAAAUCAAAUGAUAAUGAUAAUGAAAAUAAGAAUAAAUUAGAUAUCAAUUCAAAUAGCCUCCUAGAUUCAGAAUCUGAUUCUGAUUUAUCAUCAAGUUCCGAUUCUUAUGUAAGACCGCAUAUACCGAAACAUAAAUUACCAAAACAAAGACAAAGUUUUAAUAAACCACAAGAACAACAACAAAUACCAUCAACAACUGGUCAAGCCAAUCCCGUUGAAUCACAACAAAAUACAUCUUCAUCUAAACGACCUCAAAUCAAAUUUCAAGUACCUCAAAGAGUUAAAUCAUUUGUAAAUAGAACAACUAGCUCAAACAACAACGAUACAAUUCCAUUAUAUAAUGAACAAUAUAGAAAACCAAAACAACAACAAUAUGCAAAUACUAAUUAUAAACCAACAAAAUUAUCAUCAACAAAUAGAAGAUAUAUUAUACCUCCAAAAGAAAGAGCAUUAUAUCUUUGGGCAAAUAUAACAAAUAUGGAUGAAUUUUUAGUUGAUAUUUAUUAUUAUUAUCUUGGUAAAGGAUUGUUAAAUAUAGUAACUUCAAGAAUUGUAGAUUUGAUAAUAUUGGUGUUUAUAAUAAUUUUUUCAAUUUUUUUAAAAUGGGGGAUAGAUUAUUCAAAAUUUUGGAAUAAAGAUUAUUCAAAAGAUCAAAAUCAUUUAGUACUUAGUGAUUUAAUUAUAUCAAAUUUUUUAUGGAAUUUACCAUUUUUUAUAAAAUUCCUAGUAUUUGGAUUUUUUUUUUAUGUUUUAUUAAGAAUUAUUCAAUUAUAUUUUGAUUAUACAAGAAAAUUUAAAGAAAUUCAAAAUUUUUAUAAUUAUUUAUUAGGUAUUGAAGAUAUUGAAUUAAUGACAAUAAGUUGGAAAAUUAUUAUAGAAAAAUUAAUGUUACUCAAGGAUUAUAAUAAUUUAACUUCAUCAAAUCCUAUUGAAAAUCAUUAUAUAAAUGAUUUAUCAUCAAAAAUUAGAUUAAAUGCUCAUGAUAUUGCAAAUAGAAUAAUGAGAAAAGAAAAUUAUAUGAUUGCUUUAUUAAAUAAAGAUAUUUUAGAUUUUAAAAUCUUAUGGUUUAAUGAAAAAACAGUAUUAACUAAAACAUUAGAAUGGAAUUUAAAAUUAUGUAUUGAUAAUUUUAUUUUCAACAAGCAAGGACAAAUUAAUGGUUCAAUAUUAAAAGAAUAUAAUAGAAAUUUAUUAGCAAAAGAAUUAACUUCAAGAUUUAAAUUAGCUUCAAUUAUAAAUAUUAUAUUAUGCCCCUUUUUGGUAAUUUAUUUUGUUUUAUUAUAUUUUUUUAAAUAUUUUAAUGAAUAUAAAUCAAAUCCAAGUUCAAUAAUUGGUUUAAGACAAUAUACUCCCUAUGCAGAAUGGAAAUUAAGAGAAUUUAAUGAAUUACCUAAUUUUUUUAAUAAAAGAUUACAAAUGUCAAUGGGUCCUGCAAAUAAUUAUAUUGAUCAAUUUCCUAAAGGAUUUUUAAUUAUAAAUGGUAUGAAAUUAAUAAAUUUUAUAAGUGGAUCUAUAUUAGCUAUAUUAGUUAUAAUGGGAAUAUAUAUGGAAAAUGAAAAAUAUUCAUUUUGGUCAUUUGAAAUAACUGAGGGGAAAUCGGUUUUAUUUUAUAUAUCAAUAUUUGGUACAUUAUGGGCAAUAACAUCAUCACCUUCAUCAACAAGUGCAAAUACAUCAAUUGAAUCAUCAUCUGUUUCUUCUUCACCACAACAAACACAAUCACAACAACAUUUUUCAUCAAAUAAAAUCAUAUAUGAUCCAGAAUCAAAUAUUCGUUAUGUAUCAAAAUUUACUCAUUAUUUACCAAAAAAAUGGAAUAAAAAAUUACAUACAAUUCAAAUUAAAAAUGAAUUUUGUGAAUUAUAUCUGUUAAAAAUUAUUAUUAUAAUAAAUGAAAUUUUAAGUGUUUUUUUAACUCCAUUUUUAUUAUAUAAAUUUUCAAAAAAUUCUGGUAAUUUAAUUGAUUUUUUUAGAGAUUAUAGUAUUCAUGUUGAUGGAUUAGGUUAUGUUUGUUAUUUUGCAAUGUUUGAUUUUGAAAAAAAAUUAAAUAAUAUGAAUAAAUCAGAAAAGAUAAAGAAGAAAAGAGUAGAUAAAAAGAAGCAUAAGCGAACAAGAAGAAAAUCAAAUGAAACAACACCUAAUGAAUCUGGUAGUGAAUCGGAUCAAUAUAGUGAUGAAAGUGAUGAUGAUGAUGAAUUUGGGUUUGGAAUUAGAAAUGAAGAUAAUGAUAAAAUGACAAAAUCAUAUAUGAAUUUUUUAGAAAAUUAUGGAGCAGGCGGUUAUCAACAGGUUGCAAAUCAAAAUCAAUCAACAAAUCAAUCAAAUUCAACAAAAUAUCAAUCUAAUAUAUUAAAUAAUCAAAAUAUAAUAGAUGAAGAAAAUUAUUUCUUAUUUGAUAAUUUAAAUAAUACAAACACCAGUGAGAAUGAUAAUCAAAUUGAUAAUUUAAAUUUUAAAUCGAAAAGAAAAGGUGGUGUAUUAGGUAUGUUAAAUCAAUUUUAUAAACAAGAUUUAAAUUCAAAUUUAUAG